AUGAGCAAUAUAAAGCAGCAGCAAAAGAAAGGUCAGAGGAAAAAAAGAGAGUUCAAAAAGCAGAAAAAGGAGGAUAUGAAAAAGGGCGAGCUUAUUCAAACUUACGAUAGAGAGAAAGAUCAACUGGGAAUUUCUUUAAUUAAAAGCACUUAUGGAUACUGGGAUAUGUAUAAAGAUCUUAAUAAUAAAGACGUGAUGCACGUAGAAGAGAAGCUAUCUAAACUUGAAGGAAGUGCAUCAAAAACGAUCAAAGAUAUUUUGAAAGCGUCCCAAGAGCAAAAUCAAGUCGUUUUGCUCAGGAAAUAUCUAGAAGAUCUACGCAAGUUUCUUUUCAUUAUGAAUUAUCGAAACGAUCAUCGAUGGUUUCAGUUUACCGAAGAUAAAUUUGAUAAUCUCACUUGGUUGAAGGUAAAAGAUUUUAUGCGGCGGCACAAUUUAAAAAGGACCGAAGAAGUAUGGUUACAAAACAUUCGCGAAAUAUUAGAUACAUCUCAUAGGGAAGUCAAAGAUAAUGAAAAAAUCUUUACAAUAGAUAGAGAUGACUACAAGCAGCGCAUGAUCGAUUGUUUUCUUAUAAUUUGGCAAGCUGGCGAAAAUGACGAGUUUAUAGUAACCAGUAACGGAUUUGGAAUCUUCGAAGGAGUAUCUGGAACCGUGUUUGGAGCGCCAUAUGGGUUUGCUUACCAUUCUUUUUACGUCAUUUCCCCAAAGUUGGUGUUGGUCAUCUGCCCUUCUGCUUUCCGAAAAGAAUUCGGAACUGGUAGAUUGGAAGGGUUAUACAAAAUUUUCGGUGGCCAACGCUCGUUGUUUGAAAACGUUCCUCACCCCGCAGCAAUUCCGAAAUAUGUGGGUCAUGUGAAUACUUCUCGUAGAGAAUCAAACAAUGAACCGAAACUUAACGUGAACAACGAAACUGAUCCAUUCGAGUUGCAAUCUCAGUUAUUUAGCGCGGCCCUAUAUAGUAGGGGUAUCGAAAUGCAGUGGAACGAUACAUUUACUUUUUCUUUCGUUAAAAUCGAUUCGGCCACCGUUCACCUCGUCAAUGCUAUCUUACUCAACGAGGUUAAACCAGAUCUAGUUUUAACUUUCCUUUCCCAUCCGUACCUUUACAAGACAAUUGCAAAAUACAUCAAAUACCAUAAAGACAGGAACUUUGGUGUACCACAGGACUUCACGGAUUUGAAAAAGAAGUUGAGAACUGAAUUAAACAGAACUCACGAGGACGACUUGCAUCUUCGGAAAAACAUCCCAGCCGACGGCACAUUUAUUUACUUGGAGUGUUUGUGA